UCGUUUGAAUAGAGUGCCAGAAAUUCAUGUUAAUGGCGUUCAUAUUUGCCCCUGAUGUCCUCCAAACCCAAUUAAAAAAAAAACAGAAACAGUAGUCAACCUAAGUUCCUACCAUGGCACUGCCUGGCCUCGAGCACCAAACGGGAGUUUACCCACUUAUAUUUACCACUACACCACUGCUAGAUAUCUCUCGUGUUUUGAAACGGAAAUUCGUUUUGCAGUAAUGUGUUUCUUUCUAAACUGCACAGACCUAUGCAGUGAAUGGAAUUGCGAAACAGGUGGGGUUUAUGGAAUUAUUCUGUUAGCUAUUCAGUGAGCUGCAAUGACUUUAAACAUUAACUUUCCAUGUGAAAUAAAUAAAUACAUGUUCAGCUCAGCUUGGAAAUCUGUCACCAACGGUAAAUAAUUGUCUUGUUUACCGCGCCCCACACACGAAGUACCAAGAAGCAACCGCAACUUUGAAUCUAUGGUGUUGUAAAACAAACAAAUAAAUAAAUAAAUACAAAUACAAUAUUUAUAUCUGCCGUAACAAGCAAGGAAAGGCCGUAGCACAAAAACGGGGUUCCAGUGAUUAUGUUUUUCUUCACCAGAUUUGGAGUUGUGAAGUUUUGACGGUCCCUAAACUGGUGGUGAAGGCACUAAACAGAAAUGGGGUCUUUCAAUGGAUCCAAGUAUGUGUAUUUCAUCUUGUUGGGAGAGUUGCAAGAGGUGCAAUGGGUGGGCAGCCCAGGGAAUAUAUGCUGCAUUGAAGAAAAUAUGUAUACAGACACGUUUUCUGAUUCCAAAACCCCCCAAAAGUUACCCAUCAAGUUUAUUAAUGGAUAUCGCACUUUUGAUGUGGAUGUGGAUUUACUGCAGCCCCUCAAAGAGAAGGAAUUGGGUCUCCUGAAUUCCAUUGAACACCCCCCAGAUCGUCUGAAAUGUUUCUUGGAAAGAGAGCAGCUGGACUUCGCCUUGUCCCUGGAGACUGACAAGCAGGUCUCAGUGGAGAUCAAUUCAGAGUGGUGCCAGGGUGUGGUCAGGUACAUUGGGAAAAUAAUGGAUCCAAUUACCCGUCCCUCGUACUAUAUCCCCCCCAUAUAUUUUGGGAUAGAAUUACAGGGUAAAGAUGAGGGAAAAGGGAGAACUGAUGGAUCAUACUAUGGAACAUGUCACUUUACAUGCAAAUACAACUGUGGUAUCUUCGUGACCUUAACUAAGCUGAGAGCAGUCACUCAGCAGCCCAGGAGUGCCCCAGACACAGAGGGGUCAGCAGGGGAUGAGCCGGUGAACCCUGGGGAUCAGGUCCACUUCUUCAUCGAUGAGACCAUUAAACAGGGCCUGGUAAUCGGCCUGCAGAAAAAGGAUGCCAAGACAUACGCCAUGAUUGCCACAGAUGGGGAGCAGGGCAACACUAAUCUGACCCUGCCACUGGAGUGUGUGAUCAAGGAUGAGCUGCUGUCUCCAGCUGCUGAUUCAAACACUGGCACCAGGAUGGACUGGGAGGCUCCUUCGAAGAGCAGCCAGAGGCAGAGUGGUGGAGAGUGGAAGUCCCAGCUUGUGCAGAACUCCGUGGUGGAAGUGAGUCUGGAGGCAGAGAGGCUCAUGUACGGCACUAUCCGCUGGAUUGGAAUGCUGCCUGAGAGAGAGGGCCUGUUCGCCGGGCUGGAGCUGGAGGAAGACAAGGGGGUCUCUGAUGGGUCCUUCAAGGGUCUUCGGAAGUUUUUCUGCCCCCCGAAGAGGGGUCUGUUUGUGAAGCUGCAGUCCUGCCAUCCUGACUCUCGCUUCCAGUCCAGCCCUGACCAGAGGGAGAUGGCCACAAGGCUGCUGACAGAGGGAAAGGAGGGCGGCAGAGCCAUCACUGGGGCUGUGCCUCCCCUGGAUGGAGACAGGGCUGUCCAGGUCUUGAAAGGGAAGAUGAGGGGGAUCCAGGGACACUGCAACUCCUGCUACAUGGACUCUGCUCUCUUCAGUCUGUUCUCGUGCUCCUCCGUGCUGGACUCCAUGCUGUUCAAGAGCCCUGGAAGUCGAGAUGCUGACAUUCAGAACACCUUACGAGAGGAGAUCGUCAACCCGCUGAGAACAAAGGGUUUUGUGGCAGCACACAGUGUGAUGAAACUGAGGAAACAGCUGAAAGAAGGAGGCCACUGCGCCAGCUUCACCACAGAUGAGAAAGACCCUGAGGAAUUCCUGAGUCUCAUAAUGCAUCACAUCCUAAAGGUGGACCCACUACUCAAGUUACAGUCUGUAGGGCAGAAGGAGCAGGAGGCGUACUGCUACCAGAUCUUCAUAGACCAGAGCAACAGCCUCGUCCUGCCCACUGUGCAGCAGCUCCUCGAGUACUCCUUCCACAACUCCAGCCUCAGGCUGGCAGAGGUGCCCUCCUGCCUGGUCCUGCAGAUGCCUCGCUUUGGGAAGAAGUUCAAGCUGUUUGAGAAGAUCAUGCCGUCUCUGGAGCUGGACCUCACUGACCUGCUCUGCAACAGUCCCAGGGAGUGUAUUCUGUGCGGUGGCCUCGCUUCUCAGGAGUGCGUGGAUUGCUUUACAGACCAGACCUUCUCCAACACCGGCUUCAAGCAGUUCUGUGACAAGUGCUCUGAACAGGUUCACUCUCACCCCCGGCGGCGGGACCACAAGCUCCCCAGACUGUCCCUGCCGGAGGGGUUCCGCGGGGGGAACGGGGCAGCGAAGUGGAGGGUCCCCAGAGAGAAGCUGGAACUCUUCGCUGUGCUGUGUAUAGAGACCAGUCACUACGUCUCCUUCGUCAGAUACGGACCACAGAAAGACGACUGGAUCUUCUUCGACAGCAUGGCGGACCGGCACGGUGACCAGGAUGGCUAUAACAUUCCCACGGUGACCCUGUGCCCGGAGGUGGGCAGGUAUCUGGACAUGCCCCUCACGGAGCUAGCAGGGCAGACACCACGGGACAUGGAGGGCGUCGCCAAGCGGCUCUUCUGCGACGCCUACAUGUACCUGUAUCAGAGCAAGAGGAUGGAGCUGUAUAAAUAACAGGGAGAGAGGGAGGCUGCUCGGCACGGCACAGUACAGCACAGCACAGCACAGUAUGGCAUCAAACAGGUCAAAUAUCUGCAGCAAGGAAACCAGAUUAUUCUAACCUUCAAAUUACAGAAAUGUUACACAGUGUGUGUUUCUUUUUUUAAAUUUAAGAUAGUUUGAUAUCUCAUCUGUUCUGCAGGACCCUAUUAUUAGACAUACUACCCCACCCUGGUUAUAAAUUGAAUGGGGGACCUUUCGGUAUAAAACACUCUUUAGUCAGUUAUCAUUUGGUAGUAUUUUCUGUUCUGCUGGAAGAGUUAAGUAAUACGAACAUAAGAACAUUUACGGACGGGAGGAGGCCAUUCGACCCAUCUAAGCUCAUCCAGUUCAAACAAACAGAGAAAAUGAAAUUUGGCGCUUCUUGCUUAUUUUAAAUAAAGAAGUUGGCAUUCCCAUAAAUGAUGAAAGUCAAGGAAUGGCCGGAAUCUAGAAAUGUAAUCAUUUAUUUAAAAAGCUGCAUUCCCCCAGUAUGAACCCCUCACAGUGCAUUUCAUUUUUCUUUCAUACUGACCCCCAUAAUGUUUGCUGUCAUGCUUAGUGUUUCUAUUGCAAUUACUUAAAUGCUGUGUUUUUUUUUAUUUUUGUAUUUUACUUUUUGAUAAGCCUGGGGCCAAGAACUGCUCUUCAGUUCUCUAGGUUUACCUUUCAGUUGAGUUGAGUAAUUGUGUGUAUAUACAUAUACAUUAUAUCCAUAGUCCUAGAGAUGGAGUGCUUAAAAUCCUCAUAGAAUACUGUAGGGUAGGAUGCUGUGCAGUACGCAAGCUAUGGCCAUGUCUGGGCCACAAUUCAGCUUUCUGGACACUCUGGGACCUACUUUCAAAGACUUUUGAAAACAAGUAUCAGACAUGUAAGUCAUGUAAUCGAAGCUCCCUUAAGCUCUGUGAGGUCGUUUGUUUCUCAGUUUUGUACAUUACUGUUGAUUUUUGUAUCUUAAAAAAAAAAAAAGAGUUAAUUAAAGACUACAGUAAAUGCUUUGAAAAUACGGUCCUCUCCUUUAGUGGUGCGGACCAGGUUGUAUUGAGCACCCUAGUAACUCAUUUAUACUGGAGAUGAAGAUAAAACUUUCAUCUGUAUAUUUGUUUAAUGAUCAGCAUGCUUUUCAUUCCAGUAUAAGUGAAUGUGCAAAGAAAGUAAAAAAGAUCAACAAUAUCCUGUUUGUAAAGUUUAGUGCCGGUCUAAAUUGCUAUACUGUAUUUUUGAUCUUUGCUCUUUAAUUGUGCUGCACAUUAACUGAUUUCAUGCUUGAGUGGCGUCCUGGUAAAAGCUGAUAUCCCAUAAUUUCAGAUUCACAGAAUUUCUCUUAAUACUUUACCAUAAAAAAAAAAAAAACUGUUUUCUGGAAAAUGAGAAGAAGUGGAACAACUUGAUAACUCACAAAGAUUUCCAUUUUCAGGAAACGGUUUUAGAAAGUGGUUAGUAAGAGGUCACAAGGAUAUGAAAUUGUUUUUCCAAUUCUCGCUGUGCAAUACUAACUGGCAGUAAGCUUAUUGCUCAUUGGAGUCGCUCUUUCAGGCGCUCAUUAAUACCAGAAUAUUAUAUUGGUUGACCAGGUGGUCCCAGGGAACAGGCUAGACGGGGUUUCAGUGCCCCCCUGGAGCUGUAUCUCCAAUGCAGCCUGGUCACAUGUUUGCACUGAUACUUUUAGACUUGCCUGUGGACAGUGUAUUUCUUUUUUAAUGACUCAUUUUGAAAAUGUUUACUCAACUGGGGGGUGACAGAAAGGAACAGUGGCAAGCAGACUCAGUACUUUAUCCUAGUUGUUAAAUCUGCUCAGGCAAUUGCACUGAAUAUUUUGUAAAGCUGUGUUAAGACAGUCUAUCUGAUUUUAGAACAAUAUAUAUAUAUAUUAUUUAUGUUAAAAAUCUAUCGAUGCAUUUCUCUAAUAUUAAAUGGGGUAUUGUAUAUUCGGGGGCCACGGCCGACUAAAGUCACUUCAGAGGGGUCCCAGUUAGAAAAAGUUUGAGAGCCUCUGCUCUAACCUAUUUGGAGUUUUUAAUUGUUUUUAAGAUAAUGUUGGAUUUCCAAAAAACUUUUUAAAGCCCAAAUGUACAAGCAGUAGCGAGCAUUCCGAAGCACCUGUCUGAUGUACGAGGAGAUAAACAUUCCAAAAUCUAGUGAUCGACGAGGCCUGCCGAGUGCUUUAUUUUAGAGUUUGGAAUGUUUACCUCCGAGUUCACUGCACUGAAAAACAAAAUAUGAUUAUAUUCUGGUUAUUUUGUUUGCUUAUUUAGGAUGUGUGUUGUAUAAAUAUAUCAGCUUUAUAAAGCAGUGGUAUUAUGUUAUGACACAUAGCUGGUAAUUUAAACUAGUCGGUAAAGGGAUUCUUACAAGUAGCCUCGUCCUUAAAAAAAAAAAAAAUGCAGAUCACUGUAGAAAUUGUUUUCAAUUUUCAUAUAGCUUUCCUGUAGAUCACUCUCUUGUUUAAGUGUCUAUUUAUUUAUUUCUUUCAUUUUAUACAGAUGUGUAAAACUGGCAGUACAUUUAUGUCAUUUUCUGUUGAUUUCUAUAAAUAUUAUUAUUAUUAUUUGUUCAUUUAGCAGGCGCCUUUAUCCAAGGCGACUUACAGAGACUAGGGUGUGUGAACUAUGCAUCAGCUGCAGAGUCACUUACAGUUACGUCUCACCCGAAAGACGGAGCACAAGGAGGUUAAGUGACUUGCUCAGGGUCACACAAUGAGUCAGUGGCUGAGGUGGGAUUUGAACCAGGGACCUCCGGUUACAAGCCCUUUUCUUUAACCACUGAACCACACAGGUAUAUAAAGGUAUAUAGAGCUAUGAAUUGUUUAUUUUUACUAUUUCAUAGUUCCUGUUGAAUCUGAUAUUAAAAAUACGUUUUUCUACCGUCUAUACUUGGUUAUUGAUAAGUGGGUUAAUGGCUUAAACCUGGACAAGUUCUUUGCACAGAUGGCAACCGAUUGAUGACCUCAACACUGGACCAUAGUAUGUCUAUUUGUAUUUGAAAGUGAUCUGUAUCAUGUAUGAUUAAACUUAGUCCACAUUGCCUGACCUUUAACAUUUACUCUUGUGAGACCCACAACUGUCCAACACACAGCAGUCUGUCUGAACGCUGAGGAUGUGAAUGUACAGGUUUGUGCACUUUGCUUGUACUGUGAUCUGGUGCUAGCGCUUCUCGGGUGUCUUUUUAUGAAAAGUGGGAAUAAAAUAAAGACUUUAAAA